AUGUCUCUGGCUACAGAAACACGCACCCUAAAGACCGUAAGAGUCUGUAUACCGAGUCGCUCUUCGGACAUCAUGAGAUUUAUCUAUCCUGAGAAUCAAUACCUCUCUGGUGUGAUCUUGGCGGUGGUUGAAUUGAACCACGAUUAUUCAACAGGACAUCUGCCUGGAGGCCAUAUGGAGAACUCGGUCCUAGCGGAUCUUGCCUUCUUCGAGGAUAUGAUGCCUCUAGUUCACCAGCAUUUUGGGCCUUUCCUUUUACCGCUGAAGGAUGUGAGCCUUGUGGCUCCCCGAAAAGAUCUGGAUGAUCCAAGGCUUCUAGCUCGUUGGAAAUACUUGUUGGAACACAGCCAGUAUUUGAAGCAGUCAAGAUCCCGCAGAGUGAUUGAUGGACCCGAGGUUAUUCGCAAAUGGUACACACACCGUUUGAUGGAAACCUAUUUCGAGAUGCAUGAUCGGGCCUCCCUGACGGUCAAGACAGCAAGCUCUGCUAGAGAUCGUUGUGUCAACAUCUAUGCGGGAUUGUUCGGCCAGUUUCCAUUUUAUAUCUGUGACCAAUUGUUAGAAAAAUGGACCCGGGAACUCGAUCCUGAUUGGGAACCGUGUGAACCUCAGCCAGAUUGGUGGCCAUCACACAUACCGUACAUACGGAUCAGCUCCCUGACAAAGUCAAGUAAUGAAAGCCAAGAAAUUUCUCAAAAGCGCGAAUACUGA